UUACCGAAUAACAGGCCCCUCCUCCUUUCUCUCUCUCUCUCUCUCUCUCUCUCUCUCUCUAUCCCUCUCUCACAGCUCGGAGACACGGCACGCAGCAGCAGAAGAUGGCUGAGCGCACCGGGCAGCGUGAGCCCCGCACGGCGGCAGCAGCGUCGUUAUCCCCGUCCCUCUCCCGGGGCGACCCUAAAUACCCCCCCUUCCUCCUGUCUCUCCUUCCUCCACACACACACACACACACACACACACACACACACAUCCUAAAGGUUCCCGGUGUCUGUACCGUCGCUCCGCGAGCCCACGUUAGUUCCUCUGACAUACAUUCAUACACGCACGCACGGAGGAAUUUUUUUUCUCGUUUUGUUUUCUUUCAUCGAAGCAUGGCGGAAACGGAGAAGGAGGGCAGUAGAGCUCCGGAGAGCAAGAGGAGCCGGAAACCCGCGCACCCCGUCAAACGGGAGAUCAACGCAGACAUGAAGAGGCCACGCCCACUUCACCAGGACUCAUCUCCUUCAAUAGACUCACCUGGUUCAGCACAGAGGCCACGACUGCUUCAGGAGAACUGACAUAAAGACAACUCAUACCAACCAGGUCCUACCUCUGUUGUGACUGACAGAGUUUUGCAGAGAACACGAUGAACGAGCUGCUCGGUUGGUACGGGUACGACAAAGUGGAAUUGCGAGACUCCGACGAUAUCGAGAUCCACAACUAUCCGGGUGGGGAAAUCCGCCAGCACAUCUCAGUCCUGAAAGAAAACUCUUUGCCAAAAGCGGUGAUGCCUGAGGGCAGCUCGUCUCCUCCUCAUGCCAACAGCUCCUCUUCAACCCCUACAUCACGCAACGGCGUUUCCACGGAGACGCCUGCUAACCCUGCCUCCUCCUCCUCUUCCUCAGCGACAGUUGCCAAGGAGCAAGGGGGCAUGCCAAUCAUCGUUCCCCUGAUUCCACCCCCACUCAUCAAACCACCAGCAGAAGAGGACAUGUGUAAUGUUCAGAUUGUGUGCGCGUGGUGUCAGAAGGUCGGUUUGAAGCGUUACUCCCUCAGCAUGGGCUCUGAACUCAAGAGCUUCUGCAGUGAGAAGUGUUUUGCCGCAUGCCGACGCGCCUACUUCAAGCGCAACAAGCUGGGAUUUGUGAGGACUUUACCUGCCAGAGAGGAGGAGGCCUCCACGCAGCACAGCAAAGACACGCCCAGACUUGUCCUCAAGACACACAGCGAUACGCUUUCAGGGGUCAGAGGUGAAGGAGACGCGGGAGACGAGUUGAGAUGUAAACCAGAGGCGCUAAUGUCCGAGGUGUGUGACUGGUGCAAGCACAUCCGCCACACUAAAGAGUAUUUGGAUUUUGGUUCAGGCGAGAGAAGACUCCAGUUUUGCAGUGCUAAGUGUCUGAACCAGUACAAGAUGGACAUCUUUUAUAAAGAAACCCAGGCAGCUCUGCCUGGUGGACUGUGUAACCCCAUUUAUCCAGCUGUAGAUGGAAAAACAGAAGCUAACACCGGGGUCCAACUUCUAACCCCUGAAUCUUGGAACACACCUUUGGGUGAACUAAGACCCCGCAAGGCACCAUCGCCAGGGGCAACAACAUCUGGGGCUGGAUACUCAGGAUCAGCAUCUGCGUCGCCCUCUGAUUCCAGCGCCACAGGUUCUGCAUCUUCAUCAUCCUCGUCCUCAAUAAAAAUCCCUACGCCAAGGCCACACGAGAGUCCAACAUUACCCCCACCACCACCACCUCUGCCACCACCCCCUGCCACUGGAAUUCACCCUCCACUGGGUGUAGUGCCCAAUGGGACUCAUCCGAUGGUCAUGACACACCGUGGCCCUGUACCUCUUCCAUUUUUUAUGGAGCACCAAAUGAUGCAGCAAAUCCGCCCUCCCUUCCUACGCCCUCCUGGCCUCAACAGCCCCCUUUCUAAUCCCAUGAUUCCUGGAAUUGGGCCACCUCCUCCACCUCGAACCUUGGGUCCACCAUCUAGUCCCAUGCACCGACCCCUACUUUCACCCCAUGUCCACCACUCUUCCACCCCCACUUUGCCGGGUAACCCUUCUGGAAUAAUCCCCCCUCACCCAGGGGCCCACAUUCCUGGAAUUCCAUUUCCUCCGGUUAACAUUAUGCCACCUGGGCCUAUACCAAUGCCACCAAUGAUGAAUUUUGGCAUGCCAUCACUGGCACCAUUAGUGCCCCCUCCAAUGCUCUUAGUGCCGUAUCCUGUAAUUGUGCCAUUACCAGUUCCGAUUCCCAUCCCUAUUCCGAUACCAAUUAAUCCAAAGACAUCAGGUGAUCGCCCUGGAAAUGAUGGGAUGCUUCCGGAAGUUUCCGGUGAGCACAGUGAUUUGCAGGACUCUCCCUUCUCUCCAAGUUCAUCCAGAGAAGGAGGACCUCAUAAGCAGAAUGCCUCUAACUCAGAUGUGCUGUCCCCCAGCAUUUCCAGCCAGAUGGAAAGGCACAGUAUGAGCUUGAUUAAAACGGAAAAUGCUGGAAAUUCCAGUUCAUCACAUCCAUGCUCUCCUACAGAAUCACCAGCAAAUGGAAUAAUUGACUUGACAAAAAACAGACGGUCACGACAGCAGCUAGUGAUCCAGAGAGCCGCACCAUGCUUACAGGUAAAGCCUGAGCCUGAAUCUACCACACAUACUGGGCUUAACAGGUCCAGAGUGGGUGAAUGUGAAAUGAGUGAGAGAGAUUCCUGCAGCACAGGACCAUUGGAGGACACACAAAAAGACAGAGACACAGAGCCCAAAAGCCCGCUGAGCAUCACUUUGCCUUGUGCAGAUCCUUCAUUCUGUAGUGCUACACCUCUGCUAUCCCAACCAAUCACAUGCAGCCUUUCUAACCCUUUGGCUAGCACCUCUGUGACAAAAACAGAGCCAGGUACUGCUACGCCUUGUAAUGUGAUUGUCAAUGGCAGCUGCAACAUGCCGCCACUAGAACUCAAAGUCCGGACACCCCCUCCAGAACAGCGCCCUGCUGUGGAAAUAAAUCGAAGGACAGCCACACUUUGUGAUGAGCCAGCUGAGGGAGAGGACCUAAAGGAAAACAGCUGCUCAGCCAUUGAGAGAACCUUAUCCGAGCAGGCUGUAGCACCUGGCCGUGUUGGAGAGGAAAAGUCCCAAGAAGCAGAGGAUGCUGCGUCUGGAGCAGAUCAUGCAUACGCCUUGCCUCUCAUGCCUAAACCGGGCUGUGUCAUUCAGCCUGUGCCAAAACCAGCAGAUAAGACGGCAGCCAUUUUACCGUGCGGCCUGGAAGCACCAUUAUCAGCGGUGGGAGCAGCAGACAUGGAGCCACCAUUGAAAAGGAGGUGCUUGCGCAUCCGCAAUCAGAACAAGUGAAGAGUGAGAAAGCUUGCAGACACUUACAUCUCACCAAAGGGACAACAGCACAGCACUGCAGCAGAUAACAUCAGUCCACCAAUCAACUUCAACAUCUCUACUCCUCCCUAAACUCAAACAUGUUUCAGUUAAUUGCACUUCCCACAAAUAUCAUCUCAGUACCGACUGAACCAAUGGAUUACUUUUAAGGGACGGUUUUUCGAUUGACCUUUUAACUUUUUAUGCUCCCCUUUUCUCAUCGCUAUUUAGUAAAGUUCUAUCCACAUGGAUGCAACUCCCUCUACAGGACUGGUGCAACACUGCAGUGCUAUGGAUUGUAAUAGAAAUAAAGAGUUGGGAUUAGGCCAAAACACUGGUGAUUAAGCCAAAACAGCGAUCAUGAGAAGUCCCAUGGACUGCCAAUGAAAUGUGCAAAAGACGGACAGGACCAGUUCCUGAACAGGCCUGAAAGCAGGCCUCAAACAUGGCCAUAAACAUCACGCCUGCCACUCUUGUGUGCCCAUAGGUGACAGACAAGUAUUUGCUUGUUUUUGGUAUUCAGACAAGUCUGUUUUGUCUAUAUGAGGUAAAAAAGAAAGAGCUGGAGCUCUGAGAUGCCCCAGGUGUCACACUUUAGAUGAAUAGAGUGCCAAGAAAGUAAUGAAAAAGGUCACUGUGGUCACAUCCUUUAGUGGCAUCUCUCUUUUUUUAACUUCUACUUCUCUCUUUGGCACCACCAGCAAAACACUUGUUUCUCUGUAUCCAUUCUGGCCAACAGAAUGGUCUGAGAUGUUAAAAGUACUCCCCCUGCUGGAACAGACAAGACAUAGAAAGAAAAUUAUGAGGGGGGUUGAAGUGCUCAUGAAAUUGAAUAUUUAUAGACAGUUUGCUGUUGCUAGUUAUGGUUGUGUUUAAAAGGGAAGGAUGUGCAAUGUAAACUUUCAUCGAGGCAUGGAUGACAGGGUAGAACCUUCAUUAGAUAAGUUACACCAGAAUUUGAGGUCUAGCCUCCAACCUAAACCCAGAGAUCAACAGAGCGACGUAUAUGCCAAACACUAUUUUUACAAUAUUGGCAUAAAAUGCAACACACUUAGUGGUGCUCCAGGGUCCUAGAGUCCAGUAUAGUUGGGUGAUUUCUCUGCACAAACAUACCUAGUAAACCAGAUAAAUUAGUUAACUUGGGUGUCUUUGUGGCAGGGAUUUAAGAGGCUCUACUGGACUCCAGUUCUUCUACUACUAUAGUGGCCUAGCUCAAAAAAUCUUGUCAUUAUGUAUGCUAGCCAAAAGAGAUAAUGAAAACUAUAUAGGCCUGGAAUUUAACAUUCAGUUCAGUCCCACUAAUCAACUACAAUCAAUCAUACGUUGGUUGAACUUUCAGCAUGAUGGCUGAGUAGCAGUCUAGGUGUACCAAGGUCUGUCAUUUAUAGUGCCACAAAUUAGUUAUAAUGCUGUUAUUUUUUCCUUUUUGAUUUUGCCAACUUGCUGAUUUUGUUGAGUGGCCAUGAUUUUGCUAUCCCAAGCAGAAUUUUUGUUUCCUGCCUUUAUCGAGUUGAUCAGAUUUGUAACAAGACAUGCUGUGGUUCGAAGAAAUGUCACAAUCUGCACACACAUAUGGUUCAGAUAGAAUGGAGAAGAUGAGUUAAAUUGGUGUUUGGUCUCAAAGCAUAUGGUUAGCAAAUAAGUCUAUAGAAAGUUUAGACAAGAAAGCAACCGUGAAAAGGAAAUAGAUCAAGAAACAAACCAGUAAAGUUCAACUUUAAACCAACAACAUGGCGAUUUACAGCUUUGUAAGAGUGCAACUCAAAGCCUGUAGUGUGUGUGUGUGUGUGUGUGUGUGUGUGUCUCUGUGUGUGUCUGUGUAGGUGUGAGGUUUUGGUCUUGCCAAGAACCUGAAGGAUUUCACUCCAUUAUAAUUUUCCUACAUCAUUAGAAAAGAAAAAACUGGAUGUCAAAAAAGAGUGGCAAGAAAAGAUGUGAGGAAAUCGUAUAUCAUUUUAGGGUGUCGGGAAAAAGUCAAGGUCAUUCAGACAUUUGCCCCAAACCUUGAGGCUCUCUAAUGGAAAAGAUCUCCCAUGUUACCUGAGAGCUUGAGUUCCUCAACCAGUUUGGUUUUUCUCAGUGUAUUAAUUUCAAAUUUCUUCUUCAAUGUCUGCUUUAAUCAGUCCCCCUGACAUCAAUUGAAAUUCCCACCCAAUUUUCUUUCUUCUUCCAUCUGUCUGUAUCUCCAUCCUUACUUCCCAAUUGGAUGUGGAAUUAAUUGCAUUGGCUACUAUGGGGGAUUUCGUUUUUUAAAGGCGUUGUUCACCUUGACACUGAACUGUAAACUAAACUUAUGGGGACCGAAAGGUUCUCGCAGUAAUGCGAGGACACACACACACACACACACACACACACACACACACACACACACACAUUCAAACUGUCAAUCUUAUUACAGUUUCUUACAGCAGACAGUCUCUAGUGAAGUCCCAGUAUCUGUGAGAUUAGUGUGUAAGCAGGAUGCGAAACACAAGAACACACAAUCUGAAUAUGUGAAGGGGAUUAUUGGAAGUCUAGCAACAGCCCAGUCUCAUUCACAAAAAUAUAAAAAAAGUGCUGAAAAAUAAUUGUUAUAAAUUAGAUUUUUUGUAAUACAUUUUUUUUUUAGGUUUAUUCUCUUCACAAAGCACCAACUAAAACAUGCAAUAAUCUAUUUUAUUCCCAAACCUUUUACCCCCAUUUUUAUUUCACACACCAUGUCUGUUACGUACAAACAUUUCACUAAAUUGACUAGAAAUCAAUACAAAAAAAUCAGUAAAAAUCAUUCGCUCUCAUAAACAGUAGACAUACAACCCAAACACUCUAGCACCUCUCGGAUAACGCUGAGACCUGAAAUAUUGUAUAUUUGUGAGUGUGCGUGUGUGUGUGUGUGUGACCUUGCUAUUGUAAUCUGAUUCAUGCAGACUGGACAGAUAUAACUCUGAAACUAAACCCUGCUGUAGUGUCUGUGGUUUCAUGCAGACAAGACAAUGACACCAGCAUAAAAAAGUGUGUGUGUGUGUGUGUGUGUGUGUGUGUGUGUGUGUGUGUGUGUGUGUGUUUUGCAAAAGCAAGUGCUGUCCUUGAUAAGCAGGAACAGCCAGAGAAAGAAAGGCUUCAAGGAAAGAUUCACGCACUGUGGGCUCUCGACAAAUCCAAACUAACCAAAGUGUGUUACAUAAGAAACUCUAUUGUGUCUAUUAAAAUGCCACUUAUGUCAUUUUUGUGGCUUUACACUGAGAGAUUAUACAGUAUUUGUUUAUUUUUGCUCCUCUGUUAGUAUUAAAGGCCAGCAGCUCGCAGGAAUAUUAACAGUAAUGCUACAUGAACCUUUUUGAUUUUUUUAAUAUUUUACAAAUCUAAAAGGCCGUUUAAGAUCAAUAAAACCGUUUAUUUUAUGAAGCUAGAUUUGUGAACUGAAACUAGAAACCAUGCGCUAAUCACUCAAUGAUUACUGAUAUAUUUAGUAAUUAGUAAUGAGUUUUCCGUAAAAAUCUGAAUAACUGAAAGCUUUUGUAAACUUCACAGAAUACCGCUGUUGUUUUGACAUUUCCACAUGUAAUCGCUGCAUGUAAGACAUUUCAAAACGUGAAAACAUAAAAAGUAAAGCACUAGCUAGCCACCUUUGAUAAUAGCCGCAGUGGUUAUUAACAGGCUUUGUUGUCAUGGUACCACCGUACGUCAACCCCGGGCCCAUUCUAUAUAUGCUGAUACGAAAUUAUUUGGAUAAGUUUUGGAUUUGGAUUGACAUAAUUCUGGAUUUCUGUUGUUUAUUAAAGCUGCUGAUGGAUUUUAUUACCAGAAUUGAAACCUGUUCAGGUGGUUUGUUUUUUUUGAAAAUAUUUUGCAUUAGCAGCCAGAAACUUUUAUGUCCACAUGUUUGAAGAUGAAUCAUAGCUUGAAAGGCUAAAAUCUUGGUCCACAGAGAAUACCGGUAACGUGGUAAUAGUGGGAUAUUUGUAAGCCUGACCCCAGGACAGGAGAAUCCCAAAUAAAAGUACAGUUACAAAGUACAAAAUACAACUCUACAAUGUGGUAGGUUAAUACAGAAGAACAACCAGCGACCAAUUAGAAAGUCAUUUGGAUCGAAUUAACACUCGAUUGCAUUCAGAUAGUGUGAGUGAAUCAGGUUCUAAGUGUAAAGCCGGACUCGCAACAUUAACGGGAUAAAUAGAAACAGAUAGUGUGUCAUUUUAGACUGUUAUUGGUGGACUGUUUUAUCAGUGCACAAUAUACAAAAGUUUUGUGUUUGUGAAGAUUCUCAGUCAUCCAGGUGCAGUAAUCUGGUAGUUAAAUCAUGUCAACUGGACUUCUAUCCAUUAUUAAUCCAACCAGAUUCAACCAAAUAGAAGCCCAGUUGACAUGACACAUAACUUCCAGAUACAAAAGGUUUGUCUGUUCUCCUAAGUUCACACAGUGGGCAUAAAACACAUUGUACACAAAAGUGUCAACUAAUCAAAUUGAAUUUUUCCCCUAAUUGUGUUUAAAAGCCAAAAAGCGAGUCUCGCAUUGCCACCAAGUGUGAUUCGGGUUUGACAUGUUCUCUUCCGCCAUCGUUCAAGAAAUAUAUGUAAUCAGUGAGAGAGCCCUGUGUUGUCUUUUAGUACCUUACAUUGUGAGAAUUAGAUCUUUUUGUCGUAGUUUGUCUUAUUUAUUUAAUUUAAGUUAUUGACGCUUCGCUACAGAUAAAUCGUCUUUUUUUAUGUACUUUUCAAAAAUCUCCAACAUGCUGCGAAAUGUGCGAAAUUCUGGCCACACAAGCAUGUGACAUGUCAAAACACUCAGCACACUAGGGAAGAGUAAAAAUAACGACGAACACGUGACGUAGCUGAACACAUUUCACAAGGAAAUAACAUGUCGAGUAACAAUCACAUUUGCUUCAGGACAGUUUGAUUUUCAGUUAUUGACCCUUUGUUACAAAUUAAUAAUUUUUUAUUUACUUUCCAAAAAUCUCAGACAAUCUCAGAUUUUUUUUUUUGCUGGUUUUAAAAAGCAGCUGAACUAAAUUUCAGCAAUCACAGUAAAACACACUAUGCUAGUAUUUUGUUGCAUUACAUUAUUAUUAUAGUCUUGAGCGUAUUUACGGUAUGCCUACUACUACGUUUUUUUUUUCAUUAACAUUAUCGGAAUAUGAACGCUUUCCUUGGUGCCACUAAUCCUGUUCGCUGAAAUUUGCUUCGUCAUAUUAAUGGUCCAAUACAAAAUCUCAGCAUUUGUACCGUCUGAUGAAUUAUAAGCAGCGUGUCAUUUAAACAAACACUAUCACAACACGUGAUAAAACGUUAGCCAGUUCAUCAUGAAAGCUACAACGUAACAUCAAAAUGCUAAACUUUUUUCUGUCAGAGUUCUGGUUCAGGUUAGAUUUGACUACACUGUAUUGAUUAAUCAGGUCUGGACCUACGUUUUGGAGCAUUGUGUGUUCCGCAGGCCAGACGUCAUACAAUCAAACUGUACAAGCCACCAAGAAAUCACCCACAGCCAUAUGUUAUGCAAGUUAUGCAACCACAAACCCUUACAAACUCUUAGUGCACUCUGUGAAGCGGACAAUGACGAAAAACAAAAACAUUAUAAUAAACACACAAUUUUUUGUGAAAAAAAAUUUUGCAGGUGAAAAAAGCUGCCUUAACUGUCACUUCUGCUGUCUAGCAGUCUGAUCUUACAAAUCGUACACUUUGUAAAAAAUAAAAAAAAAAGGGAGAAAGAGAACAAAAACAAAAAUCACACACACAUACACACACACACACACACACACACACACAAAAAGAAUUAUCUAAAAACUAAAAAACAUCCUCAUGCUGAUGUAUAUAUUGCUUUUCUCCCUUCCAUUGAAUCUACUGAAUCAUUUGCGGAAUGCAAGGACUAAUCAAAAGUUUUUGUCUUUUCUUUUUCUUCUUGGACACACCAAAACAAUAUCCCACUCUGUUCUAGUUUGUGGUCAAUGUUAUAGCCACUCAGUAGCGAAUCAAAGUGAUCAAAUCUCGAAUCACAAAUCGCUAAAGUGACACCAAACUUCUGUCAACUUUGAUCGUUUGUAUUUCACACAACAUCCCCCUCAUGCUCACUCCGUCCGCGUAAAUCGUACUCGCAAAACAUUUUAUAGUAUUAUUUAUUAAUGACAAGUGUUUGCAUUUGCAAAUAAAUUAAGAAAAACAGAAGGAACGUGGCUCUUUGAACAGGGUAGCCUGAAGAGAGGCAUUCGGCCCAUGUUUAUUCAUUCUUUUCUAAAUGAAGAAAAGGAAAACAGCAGGAAUAAUAAUGAUAAUGAUCUUUUUUUGUCUUUUUAUUAUGAAAUUGUUAUAUAAAAAAAAAAACUUGUUGCCAAGAUUGCUUUUAAAAACAAAUGUAUCUUUUUUGUCUUGUAACAGUAUUUGUUUUGAACUGAAUAAAUAGAGGCAAACGCAA